AUGAUCUACGGUUCAAGAACAGGAGCGGUUUACUACCGUUUGAAGAAUUUGAUCUACGGGAAACAAACCGAAAGUUCUGUACCAUCAAGACGCGGGAAAAUCAACCGUGCGGUCGACACUUCUACUUUGGCGAUCCGGGGCCUCAACUAUCUGGAAUUGUUCACGAAACCGUGA